AUGGACUUCUGGCUUCUCAUCAUCAUCUCCUCCUCAAUCCUCACCUCUCUCCAGGUUGCGGUGUGCGUGGUGUGCUAUGGUGUAUCAGAGACUGUAUUUGGCGAGUGGAGUGUGAUGGGAAGCACCAUCAUCUUGGUCCACUCGUACUAUAACGUCUGGCUCAGAGCCCAGCUGGGCUGGCAGAGCUUCCUGCUCAGGAGAGAUGCUGUACACAAGAUAAAAAGCCUCCCUACAGCUAGCAAUACACAGCUGGAGCAGUAUAAUGACAUCUGUGCUAUCUGCUUCCAGCAGAUGAAGCACGGCGAGGAAGAAAUAUGCUUUGAAACGAGUGUGAAAGACUGAUAACUUUAGGAUGCCAAGUCCUGAUGCACACUUAUAUGUAGACCUUGCUGCCACUCUGACCACAGAACGUGUUUGUCCCCAGUGUGCUAUAACCUUGCAACCAAUGUGUUUUUUCUACCUUGUGUUUUUUCU